GCAGCGACCCCCAACCCCGCCUCCUGAAGCCGCCCGGGGAGCAUGGGGCCCCGCUGAGCAUCCCUGAGAGGAUCCGAUCCAGCCGCAACCGCAAGUGCCCGGCCCGCGGCUGAAGGAACCGGUGCAGCUGGGGGGACUAUACAUGGGUAUGAGGCACUGCGAAAAAGAGCAACAAACCCCAAACGCUCACUUGGCACUUUCCACUGUAUACCAUGGAGGCUAAGGAGGAGAAGAAGGAGCGAAGACAAGGCUAUUUUGCCCGGUUGAAAAAGAAAAAGCAAGCCAAACAAAAUGCUGAGACAGUCGCUGCUAAUUCUCGUGGAACCACUGCUUCCAGAACUCAGGUUGGGAAGGAUGAUGGCAGUAAGGUCAUUUUGGAGCAAAUCAGUUCUGAAGACAACUGCAAACUUGCUGAGGAAAAGGAAUGUGUCACCGAAGAAGAGAAGAAAAAGAAAAAAUAUAAUCAGCUAAAAGAUAUCAGGCGCACAGAGCUGAAAAGAUACUAUAAUACUGAUGACAAUCAAAACAAAACCAGUGAAAAGAAAGAGAAGAAAAUGGUUACUCAGAAACCCCUUGGAACUACAGAAUAUACUGCUGGAAGUCAGGACACCCUAAACAGCAUAGCAUUGAAAUUUAACAUCACUCCAAACAGACUUGUGGAGCUCAAUAGGCUGUUCACACACACAAUUGUUCCAGGGCAGGUUCUCUAUGUCCCAGAUACUGACCACUAUUCCAGUGCUGCUAGGUUAGCGUCUUCCAGUGCUGGUGCUCCUGUUUCUCCUUCAUCAUCAGAUGCUGAAUAUGAUAAACUUCCUGAUGCUGACUUGGCAAGAAAGGCCUUCAAACCAAUUGAGAGAGUUCUGUCAUCUACCUCGGAGGAAGAUGAACCAAUAGUUGUCAAAUUUUUAAAAAUGAACUGCCGUUACUUCACAGAUGGUAAGGGUGUAGUUGGGGGUGUCAUGAUAGUGACUCCAAACAACAUCAUGUUUGACCCACAUAAGUCGGAUCCUCUGGUAAUUGAGAAUGGCUGUGAAGAGUAUGGGCUCAUCUGCCCUAUGGAGGAGGUUGUCUCGAUAGCCCUCUACAAUGAUAUUUCUCACAUGAAGAUUAAAGAUGCCCUGCCAUCUGACAUUCCAAAGGAUCUUUGUCCUUUGUACAGGCCAGGAGAGUGGGAAGACCUUUCCUCUGAGAAAGAUAUCAACCCUUUCAGCAAAUUCAAGUCCCUGAGCAAGGAGAAGAGGCAGCAAAAUGGGGAUGAUUCCAAAUCAAUAAAGUCUUUGGACAAGGAGAAGUCUGCAGAUUUUGAACUACUUAAGCCUUCUGACAGUACUGUUUCAAUGGAAUCUAAGUCAUUGGAACCUCCCAAUGACAUGGCCUCCGCUGAACCAUCUGAAAGGUCUGCUGUAGGGGGACAUACCAAGGAACCUUCUGGGGAAAAAGCUGCUUCAGAUUCCAAAACCAAAGAAAAUUCCCUUAUCGGAGGAGGAGAUGAUGACUUCAUUGAUCUGCAAGAGACUGCAUCUCCUACAAAUACCAGAUUAGACAGAAAAGAUGCAGUAACAGAAGGUUUUUCUUUUGACCCCAAGGAGUUGGGGAAAGCCAGGUCGCAAGUAACCAAAUCUCUUUCAGAAGUCCAGGACCUACUGGUAUUUGAUUCCUUGGGCACAAAGAAUGAUGUUGAACCUAAAGCUGAUAUAGACUUAGAAUCAUGUGAGAAGCAGGAUGUCAUGCCAGAAGUAAACAAGUGUGCCAGUUCCCCGACAGGUAAGGUGGAGACUACACUGGACACUCAAAAGGAGCUAGAUAAAAACAAACUCAUUGAGUUUUACCUCAGUAAAGAUAAAGAUGGGUCACAGUCUUCUGAAAACCUACGUAAGGCUGGAAUCGGUGAAGGUGAAAACAAUAAAGUAACAGGCGUAGACCUCACACUUAGCUGUUCAGAGUCCCAAGAUAACAAACUUCUUCCAGUUAAAAGUGGGGAGACUGAUUCAAGCUGCAUUGAAAGGAAAGAGCCUUUGCUGGAAGUCAACUUGCCUGCAGUGGAGGAAAAGGAUCUUAAAGAGUCUGUGAAAUCUUCAUUGGUACCAUCUCUGGACAAGGUAUGUCAAGAAACACAGCUGGACAAUAACUCGGAAAUCAGACUGUGGCUGUUACAGAGAAUUCAAGUACCAAUUGAAGAUAUGCUUCCUUCAAAAGAGGAGAAAAGCAAGACCCCUCCAAUGUUCCUGUGUAUCAAAGUGGGCAAGCCCAUGAGAAAGUCCUUUGUUACUCAAAGCACCACCAUGGCACAGCAAUAUGGUAAAAGGAGAAAGCAGCCGGAGUACUGGUUUGCUGUUCCUCGGGAAAGGGUAGAUCAUCUGUAUACGUUUUUUGUUCAGUGGUCACCAGAAGUAUAUGGAAAAGAUGCCAAAGAGCAAGGUUUUGUAGUGGUGGAAAAGGAGGAGCUUGAUAUGAUAGACAAUUUCUUCAGUGAGCCAUCAACUAAAAGCUGGGAGAUUAUCACUGUAGAAGAGGCAAAACGUCGAAAGAGCAUUUGCAGUUACUAUGAGGAAGAUGACGAUGACUCUUUACCUGUCCUAAAACACCACAGCGCGCUCCUAGAGAAUAUGCACAUAGAACAGCUUGCACGCUAUCUGCCAGCAAGAGUGCAGGGAUAUCCAUGGCAGCUUGCAUAUAGCACGUUGGAGCAUGGAACCAGCCUGAAAACUCUGUACAGGAAAUCAGCGUCUCUUGACAGUCCAGUCCUCCUUGUCAUCAAAGAUAUGGACAACCAGAUAUUUGGAGCAUAUGCAACACAUCCUUUCAGAUUUAGUGACCACUAUUAUGGCACAGGCGAAACUUUCCUCUACACGUUUAGUCCAAACUUCAAGGUGUUUAAGUGGUCUGGAGAAAACACCUACUUUAUCAAUGGAGAUACCAGCUCUCUAGAACUUGGAGGGGGAGGUGGUCGAUUUGGUUUAUGGCUAGAUGCUGAUUUGUAUCAUGGGCGAAGCAACUCCUGCAGCACCUUCAAUAAUGACAUCUUAUCCAAGAGGGAAGAUUUCAUAAUACAAGAUGUGGAAGUAUGGACAUUUGAGUGAAAUAUGGACUGCCUUAUGGACUGGGUUCAUUGAGGAUGCUGAAAGCUAAAGCCCCAGCACAGGCUGCCUCACAGUGUAACACUUUUUUUCUUUCUGAUAUCCCAGCAGAACACGACUACACAAAAACAUUCUGAGAGCCAAUUUUAAGAGGCAGAAAUGUAGAAAACAAUAAGAGGACCAGUGUGUGUGAAUAUGUUUACUCUCUUCCCACCAACACUCCUUCAAUAAGGAAACAAGAUGCUUAUGAAGACAUUCAUGGUGUAUGAAUUUGUUUAAAGCUUUUUUUUUUUUUUAAUUUUCUGUAACUGUAGAAAAAAUACUGGGGGG